AAUCCAAGAGAAGCUUACUUCUCUAAAUCCGCCUCUUUUAUUUCACACCAAACACAUUUCCAGUAGACAUCCUAUCCUAUGUAUAUGAUAUAAAAUGCUCCACAAACAAACAAUGACUCUAAUCCACUGCAAAAUAUGGGUGUUGUUACAGAUGCCAGUGCUGCUUCGUUAACUUUAAAGGCUGAAGAUGUCACUGCUGUUCCGGUUCUAUCAGACCGGGUUCGAGUUAACGGAGUUAUAACUCCGUUAACUUUAACGGAGGAAGGUAAACUCCUUUGGCAGGAAAAUUACUUAUCAAUUGAAAAAGAAGUUGUUGGAUUUUCAAUUGAAGGUAAAAAGAUUAUAUUUAAAGCUGUUAAAGAGAAUAAUGGAGGUGGAAUUUGCUGUGGUGGGAACACAGGAGUUACUGUGAGGAGGAGGAGUUUUAUUUUUGAGUUGGUAUCUGAGGAUUCUAUGAGAAUUUGGAGUCAAAAAAUUCAGGAGUACAUUGAUUCACUUGAAACUAAACAUCAGCUACAUGCAAAGGAAGUUGCUAAAUCAUUGGAUAUUCUGAGAUAUGAUGGAGUUGUUUGUGUCAGUGGGGAUGGAAUUUUGGUUGAGGUUGUUAAUGGAUUACUUGAAAGGGAGGAUUGGGAUUCUGCAAUAAAGAUGCCUCUUGGAGUAGUACCUGCAGGCACUGGAAAUGGCAUGGCGAAGUCUCUUCUAGAUGCUGUUGGCCAAUCUUGUACUGCAUCCAAUGCAACACUUGCUAUUAUUAGAGGGCACAAGCAAUCACUAGAUGUAGCUACUGUUUCACAGGGGCAGAACAGAUUUUUCAGUGUGUUGAUGCUCGCCUGGGGUCUUAUAGCUGAUAUUGAUAUCGAGUCUGAGAAGUAUAGAUGGAUGGGUAGUGCUCGAAUAGAUUAUUACGCAUUACAACGAAUAUUCCGCCUUAGGAGGUACAAUGGUUGUAUAAAAUUUGUGGCUGCACCAGGUUAUGAGACUUUUGGAGAACCAGCCAACUUGGAAGGUGAAACUAAUGGUGAAGUUAAAUCGAAUUUCGUUCAGCACAAGGGAUAUUCUGGUCCUGCUUUGCACAUAAAGGAUUUCAACCGUAAGAUUGAGGGGCCUUUUUUAUCAGUCUGGCUUCAUAAUGUACCUUGGGGAGGCGAAGAUGCUCUGGCAGCACCUGACGCCAAGCUUUCAGAUGGUUACUUGGACUUGGUCGUGAUAAAGGACUGCCCAAAGUUGACGUUGCUAUCGUUGAUGACCAAGAUAAACAAAGGCGGUCAUGUUAGAUCACCACAUGUCUUGUACUUCAAGGUUAAAGCUUUUGUUCUGGAGCCUGGUACACAGUUAGAUGAUCCAGCCAAAGAAGGGAUUAUAGAUGUAGAUGGUGAGGUUCUUGCAAGAGGUAAAGGAACUUACAAGUCACAUCACAAGCCAUUGAUGACAUAUGACAAGAUCCAUAUAAAAGUAGAUCAAGGCUUGGCUACUGUAUUUUCUCCUAGUUCCAUUUGAAGGAGAAAUUUUUAUUUGGUUCUUGUGAUAAAAAGUCAUGUAUAUGCGAUGAUGAAAAAAAAGGUAAAUAAAAGAAAGAAUAAAGAAGUAUGAAAAGAACUUUUCUCAAGUUUGUGCAAUCUUCUAUGUAUGAAUAUAAUAAAUUUCCUGGGGCACCAAA